AUGUAUGUGAUUCCAGAUACAAUACUACCGGUGCUCGUGAUAGCGUGUGACCGGGUCACCGUCAAGCGGUGUCUGGACAACCUCAUCAAGUUCAGACCGAAGAAUGACACGUUCCCGAUUAUAGUCAGUCAGGACUGCGGCCACAACGCUACAUACCAAGUGAUCAAAUCCUUCACCGACGCCGACCCCUCCAUCACCGUAGUCCGCCAGCCUGACCAGUCUAGGAUUCCUGUCAUACGUAACCACAUCAAGUACAGGGGCUACUAUAAGAUAGCGCGGCAUUUUAAGUUCGCGCUGAACCAUGUGUUCAAGACUUUGGGACACGAGGCUGCGAUUGUCGUUGAAGAUGAUCUCGACAUUGCGCCAGAUUUCUACGAGUACUUCAAAGGCACAUAUCCUCUCCUACUCAAGGAUUCUAGCAUAUGGUGCGUCUCAGCGUGGAACGACAAUGGCAAGAAGGAACUGGUAGACCUAUCGAGACCAGAGCUUCUCCAUCGUACAGACUUCUUCCCCGGCCUCGGCUGGAUGCUGCGGGCUGACUCCUGGGCCGAGCUCGAACCUAACUGGCCUAAAGCGUUCUUCGACGCUUGGCUCCGUGACUCUGUGAACACGCGGGGUCGCGCCUGCAUCCGGCCGGAGAUAUCCAGGACUUACACAUUUGGAAAGUCGGGCGUCAGUAAAGGCCUGUUCUUCGACAGCUAUCUGCAAUACAUCGUUCUCAACUCGGAGUUCGUUGAAUUCACCAAAAGGGAUCUCAGUUAUUUAAUAAAGGAAAGCUACGACAAUAACUUUACACAAUACGUGCACUCCCUCCCUGAGACCACUGUGGAGGCAGUAAUGAAGGGGGCGGCGCCUGCCCCCUCUGUGCGCGUAACCUACUCCAACUUCGAGAGCUUCCGCAAGGCGGCCAAGCGGCUAGGCCUCAUGGAUGACUUCUGGAGACAGAGAGAGGCAGAGUGUGUGAGAGAGACAUCCGUGGAGGCAGUAAUGGUGGGGGUGGUGCCUGCCCCCUCUGUUCGCGUAACCUACUCCAACUUCGGCAACUUCGAGAGCUUCAGCAAGGCGGCCAAGCGGCUUGGCCUCAUGGAUGACUUCUGGAGACAGAGAGAGGCAGAGUGUGUGAGAGAGACAUCCAUGGAGGCAGUAAUGGUGGGGGUGGUGCCUGCCCCCUCUGUCCGCGUUACCUACUCCAACUUCGGCAACUUCGAGAGCUUCAGCAAGGCGGCCAAGCGGCUCGGCCUCAUGGAUGACUUCUGGGUGAGUUGUACAGAGACAGAGAGAGGCAGAGUGUGUGAGAGAGAGACAUCCGUGGAGGCAGUAAUGGUGGGGGUGGUGCCUGCCCCCUCUGUCCGCGUUACCUACUCCAACUUCGGCAACUUCGAGAGCUUCAGCAAGACGGCCAAGCGGCUCGGCCUCAUGGAUGACUUCUGGGCAGUAAUGGUGGGGGUGGUGCCUGCCCCCUCUGUCCGCGUUACCUACUCCAACUUCGGCAACUUCGAGAGCUUCAGCAAGGCGGCCAAGCGGCUAGGCCUCAUGGAUGACUUCUGGCGUGCUUAA